CACAGCACUUUUAGACAUUCACUUGCGUCGGUUUGUUGGAAGCGAAAGGUUGCCGCUGCUCCUUAGGUGUGGUGCAAAAGUGUAUAUAUCGGUAAUGAGAAGAGCGCGCGUUUAAAAACUGCAAUUAAUUAUUGAUUUUAUUAAAACAACAAAAAACUACAUAUUUAUAAGAGCUGAAAAUUAAACAAAUAAUAAUUCCACUUCCAAAAAGUUAUAUUACCUCAUAACCUUUGAUUUAAACAAAACCCCCAAGAUGGUUAACAUAUCUGAUGGCGGCAAAAAUGUGCCGCAAGAAAUGGAGCAGUUCCUUCCGCCUGGGGAAAAGAAGGCGGUCAUUGUAUAUAAAAUGGCCGAUCCUGAACAAGGAGGUGAAAAAGGAUAUGAUCCGUUUGCAGAACGUCUUACAAUGGAAAGUGCAACAACUGACAACGAAACCCUUACACAUUUACUUAAAGCCGCCCUGGGAACUGGAAUUCUAUCUAUGCCAAUUGCUUUUAUGUAUGCCGGAUUAUUUUUUGGAAUAGUUACAACAAUGUUUACAGCUCUCAUUUGCACACACUGCGCGUAUGUUUUGGUUCAAUGUGGACACAAAUUAUAUCACAAAGAACAAAAAUCAAAAAUGAGUUUUGCCGAAAUAUCUGAAAAGACAUUUAUGCUUGGACCUGGCUGGGUUCGAGCAUUAGCUGUACCUUCGAAAAUUGUUAUUCUCUUUGGAUUAUUUCUAACAUAUUUCGGAACAUGUUCUGUAUAUGCAGUUAUUGUUGCCAAAAACUUUCAACAAGUUAUUGAGCAUUAUUAUCAAAGUGAAAUCAAUUUGAAAAUUCUUAUUGCAAUUUUACUUGUUCCAUUGAUCCUUCUAACAUGGAUUCCAAAUUUGAAAAGCUUAGCACCAGUUUCAAUGGCUGCUAACGUGUUUAUGGGAUGUGGUCUUGCUAUAACCUUUUACUAUUUGGUAGUUGGAUUGGCUCCAAUACAUGAACGUGAAUACGUGCAGCUAUCCACGUUACCAUCGUUCUUUGCUAUAACUAUUUUCGCUAUGGAAGCUAUUGGUGUUAUAAUGCCACUUGAAAACAGUAUGAAGACACCACAGAAUUUUGUUGGAGUUUUUGGUGUUCUGUCUAGGGGAAUGUCUGGUGUAACAGUUAUCUAUAUUUUGCUUGGAUUUCUUGGAUAUUUGAGAUUUGGAAAUGAUACUGGAGAAAGUAUAACUCUUAAUUUGCCCGUUGAAGAAGUACCUGCUCAAAUUGUGAAGGUGUUGAUCGCCUUGGGAGUUUAUUGUACUUUUGGACUUCAAUUUACUGUUUGCCUGGAAAUCGCAUGGGAUGGUAUCAAGGAUAACUUCACAAAAAGACCUCUUCUUGCUAAUUAUGUUUUAAGAACUACUCUAGUUGUUGCUGCCAUUGUACUGGCAAUUGCUGUUCCAACAAUUGCCCCAUUCAUGGGUCUGAUUGGUGCUUUUUGCUUUUCAAUCCUUGGUCUUAUAAUGCCCGCUGCAAUUGAAACCAUUAUAAAUCUUGAUACUGGUUUUGGUACCUGUAACUGGAUUCUCUGGAAAAACAUCCUUAUUUUCCUAUUUGGAGUGUUUGCUCUAGUAUUUGGAUCGAAGAGUGCUAUAAAAGAUAUUUUAGUAUUAUACCAAUAGUUAUACAAAGAAUUGCAUGUUUUUUUUUAAUUAUGUAAAAAAAAGGAAAACAAAAAGACAUUUACUUUUUAAUUCCUUCACAGGGUCUUUAUUAUGUAAUAAUAAUUUUGUUUAAUUUAAUUUAUUAUUUUUUUUGUAUACAAACAAAUUUAUAUUAUAGCAAAAUCUAAGUGCUUUGCAAGGGCAAGGCGAGUUGUAAAAAAUAAUGUAUGUAAGUUAAAGUAACAGGUCUAUUGUUGAAAAUUUAAUUUGUUUUUUUAAAUAAAUUGUAUAAACAAGUGUAAGUUAAAUAAGUUAAAAUGUAUUUGAUCAAAUAUUUUUACAAUUACAUAUAAAUUGUCUUCCCAAGAUUUUAUUUUAUUGUAACUGAAUGUUUUUUAAAAUUUUAUAUUUACUCGAAUUUUCUUCUUAAAGCUCAUCUAUAUGUAAACAAAUUUAAAAUUUUUAACUGAUUUUAAACAGUAAAUUAUUAACUAUGAUAUUAAAACUUAACCUAAUCCAGUUUAUGUAACAUUUUUCGAAUUAGAGUGAUAAAAUUGUCCUAAGUGUUUUCCAUAGUUGAGGGCAAUUGUAUUACACUGCCAAUUUUGUAAUAAAAUCUGUUUUUUAUUUUGGAAAAUAUACAAAAAAUUCAUACAUUUUUAAAAGUCUCGAAACAAUUUUCAAUACAAUUUGAACACUUUUAGUAAAUAAUUAUGUUUUUGAAAUCUUGAAACAUGUUUGGAAUACUUUAAUUUCAAUUUAAAAGGGGUGUGCAAAAUUGUAUGGCUAGUCCUAACCCUUUGCAAAAUUGUGGAAAUUACUAGAAUUCUUUAUAUAAACAUAAGAGCAAUUUCACGAUGGGUUGUAUGAAAGUUUUGUUGAAAGGGAAUUUUGGAACAAAUAUGGAAUUCUAUAAGAAAUGUUGCUGUUUGACAGGUACUAUUGCGCCUUGCUGACAUAAAAACAUUCGUUGAAAUAUAUUUGUGUAUGCGUAAGGCGUAUUUUUCGCUUUUUAAAAUUAGUAUAAUAUCCAAGAACACAAAAUUUGUUUCAAACACGAAAUGUGCAAUUUUUGUAUACAAACAAAAAUCAAAUUCUUGUCAAGUCUGUAUACGAUAGAAUAGAAAUAGCUUAUACCAAGGAUUCAAUUAAAUAUAUGACCGAAAAUAAUUAACUUACAACUCGCUUAUAUCGUUUCAAAUUGAUCUCAAAUUUUAAUACAACAAAAAAUACGUAGGCCAAGGCCAACAUGAAAAAUCGGUAUUCAAUUGAAAUUGUACAAUUGCCUGUCGCUUGUUUUUGUUAUGAUGAAUUUGAUUUUUCUUUUUUAUUAUUAUUUUAAUUUUAAUAACAACAAACAAUAUUUUACAAUGUACAUUUUAAGUACAAACAUAAGUGCAUGCAUAGGAACUUCAGGUUAACUUUUUAAAUGUACCUGUGAGGUCUGAAAGUUUUUUUUUGGACCAAGUUUAUUAUUACCAGCAUUCAUAUAUUUCGUUCAGUUUUUUAAUUAAUAAAAAAUAUAUUUAUACUUUCCGCAUAAGGCAAGGAUUGAUAUUUAUGAAAGUAUCCGGUUUAAAUGUUUUAUCUUCAAGAAAGGUACAUCAUUUAAAGUAAAGUCUGGAUUCUUUUUAAAACUUAACGAAAACAAUAAAAAUUACUAGGGCUAGUUUUGAUUUGCAGAAUUGUUGAGUAGGAAUGAUUUGUAGAAAUUAUUUUUGUAAAAAUAAAUCCUUGACUGUGCUGUGAAGAAAAAAUAAUUUCACAGGCAUUUUUAAACUAAUAAAUUGUAUUUAAUUGUAACUAAUUGAUGAAAAAAAAAACAAAAUUAUUAUUUAAAGUGCCUCCAAAUAAUAAUAAUAAUUGAAAGAAAAAAAUAAAACAAUAUGAAGCACAAUGCUUAUUAAACCAUAAAACAUGUUUUAAAAAUAGAAACUAUAGGAUUUCGUAAUGUUAAAAAAUAAGAACAAACAUAAUUAUGUUAAAAUGAAGCUUAAAACAAACUUAAUGGUAUUGUCUUUAAGUUAAAUUUAAAAAAGAUAUAAAAAAAAUAAUAGUACCUUUAUACCUUUAAGAUAUUGGUGUCCUAUAGAUUUUAAAUUUGCGUUUUAUAGAAACUCAUAAUUGUAUUUUAAUUUAUUUAAAAUUAAAAAAAGAAAACAAAAUAAAACCAGAAAGAAGCAUGCUAGAGUUACAACAUGUUACAUUAAAAAAAAAAACGAUAAUUAUAAUUUUAUUUUAAAAGAAAUUGUAUUUUUUUAUAAAAUAAAAGCUAUUUUUAUAAGCAAUGUGGCUGCAUUUAUUUGUAAGAACCCAAAAUAAAUAAAAAGAAUAACAAUACACCGAGCUGUUAACUGUCCACAUUUUUACAAAUUGAGUUUUUUGUUUGAUAAGCUGAAUUUAAUAAAAAUAGAAACAAAAACCAA